UGGCGCCUGCGCCUUGGAAGCGGACAUAAGCACGCCGCCGCGACUCGCCCGCUACUGUACAGAGUGCGUACGCCAGGACUUGGAAGUGUGUCACACAGGCCGCCGCCAUGAGCACCCGUCAGCUGUGCCGGCUCGUCGCCGCCCGCCCCCUUGCCAAACCCAAUCACUCGAUUUGCACCUGCUAUCGGCACUAUAGUCAAGUGAGACCUGUGUAUGUUAUAUCAAAACCUGAAAAAUGGCGCAAUUCAGCCCCGCAUUUCUAUUCAGUCCAGUCCCUCGACAUGAGCAGCAAAACCCGACAGUACUCGUUCGUGCAUAACAUCGACCCCAUAUCGGCGCGCGAAGGACCGCACAAGAACGCCGAUGAUGUUUUGUUUGACAUGUUCAAGAAUGAAGAUACGGGUCUCCUUCCCGUUGGAAAAUUCUUGGCCGCCCUGAGGACCACUGGGAUAAGGAAAAAUGAUAAUCGCGUUAAAGAAGUCAUGCAUAAUCUAUACAAGGUGCACAAACAAUCCAACUUUGAAGGUGGUUCACCCGAGACAUUGAAACUAGACAGGAAGACCUUUAAAGAAGUGAUCGCACCAAACAUCGUCCUCAUCACGAGGGCGUUCCGCAGUCAAUUUGUAAUUCCAGACUUUCAAGAUUUUAUCAAAGACGUGGAAGAAAUGUACUGGGCUGCCAAGAGUAACACAGAUGGUAAAGUGGCCAGUUACAUCCCUCAGCUUGCUAGAGCUAGCUCUGAAAACUGGGGAGUCAGCAUUUGUACUAUAGACGGCCAACGAUUUUCUAUCGGUGAUGUGACAGUCCCAUUCACUCUUCAAUCGUGCAGCAAACCACUCACAUACGCGAUGGCACUUGAAACUCUAGGACCCGACGUGGUACACAAAUAUGUUGGCACGGAGCCCAGCGGCCGCAACUUCAAUGAACUCGUUCUGGAUUAUAACAUGAAGCCACAUAACCCGAUGAUAAACGCGGGAGCAAUUCUAGUAUGCUCAUUACUGAAGACCUUGGACAGGCCCGAGAUGACUCUCGCUGAAAAGUUUGAUUACGUCAUGUCAUUCUUUAGUCGGCUCGCAGGCAACGAAAGCCUUGGUUUCAACAAUGCAGUAUUUUUAUCUGAACGCGAAGCUGCCGACAGAAACUAUGCACUUGGCUUCUACAUGAGAGAACAUAAAUGUUAUCCGGAAAAGACUAAUUUCCGUGAAUGUAUGGACUUCUAUUUCCAGUGCUGCUCAAUGGAAGCCAACUGCGACAUCAUGUCCAUUAUGGCUGCCACUCUAGCAAAUGGUGGCAUAUGUCCCAUCACUGAUGAAAAAGUACUUCGGCCCGACUCGGUACGCAAUGUGCUCUCUCUGAUGCAUAGCUGUGGAAUGUACGACUACUCAGGACAGUUUGCGUUCAAAGUAGGACUUCCUGCGAAGUCUGGAGUGUCUGGUGCUAUGCUCAUAGUAGUUCCCAAUGUCAUGGGCAUUUGCACAUGGUCGCCACCGCUGGACCCCCUGGGAAACAGCUGCCGAGGCUUGCAAUUCUGUGACGACAUGAUCAAGAGGUUCAACUUCCACAAGUACGACAACAUUCGUUACGCCAGUCACAAGAAGGACCCUCGUCGGUACAAGUUCGAGUCGGCGGGUCUCAAUAUCGUCAACCUCUUGUUCUCGGCUGCUAGUGGUGAUCUUAGUGCUCUACGACGCCACCACCUCUCCGGCAUGGACAUGACUCUAUCGGACUACGACGGUCGUACUGCGCUACAUCUGGCAGCGGCAGAAGGUCAUCUAUCUUGUGUAGACUUCCUGCUCGCUCAGUGCGGAGUUCCACACGACCCUCGUGAUCGCUGGGGCAGCCGACCACUUAACGAGGCUGAGACCUUUGGACACACCGCUGUCGUACAGUACCUGAAGGAGUGGGAGCUGACGCACCCUACAGACAAAACCGUGGCCGCUGCUGCAGGCGCGUCAGAUGUCGAUGAUAUAUUGAAGGUUAAACCAGACGCAGAUGACGCCGUCAAGGACCCGAGUAUCCAGGAGAUCGUGUCCAGGAAUGGAGACAAACCACAAUAGAAUCUCUACUGGGAUGAUGUAAUGAGAUGAUCUCGUGACUUAACGUCACUAAAUACAUUAUGAAGGUGACUCAGCAUUGUGUGCAGAUUGUGUUUCUUUCUGUAGCAGUUAUGUGAACAUAAGAGAGGAUGCUAAUAGAAAUGUUAUUGCGCACGAUUCAUGGAAUGCAAUUGAAAGGAAAUUAAUUUCUGUGUAUCUAUUUCUAGAUAUGCUCAUGGGUAUGCAUGCACACUUUGUGCUAUUGCCCAAAAAUAUUUAUUUAAGUAGAAAAAUAUUGCAUUUCACGUUUGGACAGCUUUAGUCGUGAAUAUUUUUCAAAUGUUAUUUAUUGUCUUCAUAAAAGCUUACUUGGCUUUUUGUAUUGACAUUUACAAAAAUCUACAAUUAUGACGAUUUGUAUGUGAUGAGAAAUGCUUUGAUGUUGAAUUUAUUCAGCACUGAGCUGAAGGGUGUGAUAUUAAAGUAAUAUGGAAGCACAAGGCAACAUCUGGUAAGGAGAGAAACCUUAAGGGAAAGAUGCUUAGAGAAAUGAAUUUAAUAUUCUACUGAGAACUUGAGACAAUUGGCUACACAAAACUGUGUGUAUUUUGUGUGUACAAUUUAAGCAAUGUAAUCUCUCUUUCAUAGAUAAUUUUUAAUUGUGAAGAUUUUAUGCAAUAUUAAUAAGUAGGUAGUAUGUAGCUACUGAUUUUAGAUAAAUUUAUUAGGUGAAAUACAGACAUGUACAUUAACCAUGGUAUCUCAGUGUUAAUCUCUCUACUAAUUGUCUAUCUUUAAGCAUCUGAUCAUAGUAAAAAGUACUCCCAAAGUGUAUUUUUAACAUUCCAUAUGAUAUAAACGAAAGGCUUGCUGUACCAGGAACAGCAGUGUUUAUUCUAGAAGAAUAUAUCCACUUGAAGGAAUGUUAAAAAAUAUUUAUUUAAUAAUAUUAAUAAAUAUAUAUGUGUAAGUAAUCACUUAUAUUCUGACAAUAAAUAGAAGCUAUUUUAUGCCAUUAUUGAUGUUGUCCA